UGCUCUUUCCAGCAACUCACCAGCUAAUUUAAAGCUCAUCAUUCACAGUUUGACAUCUUGCUUCAGAAUGGCAGCAAAGAAAGUGUUGAUCGUGUAUGCCCACCAGAGCUCUGGCUCAUUCAACGCUGCAGCCAAAAAUGCUGCUGUGGAGGUUCUAACAGCUCAGGGCUGCACAGUAGCAGUAUCUGACCUAUACGCCAUGAAGUUUAAAGCCACUGCUACAGCUGAGGACAUCAAUGGAGAAGUCAAGAAUGUGGAUCAUUUCCGUUACGCAGAGGAGACCAAACUGGCAUGGGAGGAAGGAAAACUAUCUGCUGACCUCACUGAGGAGCAAUGCAAACUCACUGAGGCAGACCUCGUCAUCUUCCAGUUCCCCAUGUACUGGUUCACUGUUCCUGCAAUCAUGAAGGGCUGGAUGGAUCGGGUGCUCACACUGGGCUUUGCCUACUCACAAGAGAAGCGAUACAGCCAGGGAGUCUUCAAGAACAAGAUGGCCAUGCUGUCCUUCACCACUGGGUCUCAGGAGUCCAUGUUCAGUGCUGAUGGCAUUAAUGGAGACAUGAAUGUCACACUGUGGCCCCUGCAGAAUGGCAUCCUGCACUACUGUGGCUUCCAGGUUCUGGCUCCUCAGAUCUUCUGGGCCCCGUCUCACGUUGCCCCUGAGGUGCGUGGCACCAUGCUGGAGGGCUGGCGUACACGGCUGCAAGGUCUCCUAGGCGAAAAACCACUUUCCUUUAUUCCCUUGGACUGCUUUGAUAAGGAGAAGGGUUACCAGCUGAAGCCAGAGGUCCACGAGAAGCAUGCUGCCAAGGAGUUUGGACUGACUGUGGGGAUCCAUCUGGGAAAGGCACUACCACCUAACAACCAAAUUAAAGCUGGAGUCUAAAUGUCAAGCAAGUCUUUUAAAUUAUGUGGUGGAAAAUAAAGGCUACUGCAUGUA